GACGUCGAGCGUUCGAUCCCGGAUGUGGCCUCAACCAUGAAGAUGACGGGCGAAAACAGUGCUGGAGGGUCGGAAAUAACAAUGGACGAUGUUAAAAACCUCGUUAAAAAGAAAGAUGAAAUCGAGGAACAGAUAAAGGCUUAUUACGACGUUUUGGCAGACCAAGGUGUUGGAGUUGAAGGCCCCUUGGUGGACGCGGAGGGUUUCCCCCGAGCAGAUGUUAAUGUUUACCACGUCAGGACAGCAAGACACAGUAUCGCGUGCCUGCAGAACGAUCACAAGGCCAUCAUGGAGGAGAUAGAAGAGGCCCUACACAAGCUGCAUGCUGGGGAGAAGGCCAAGCGGGGAAGGGAUGAGGCUGGAGCCCAGGACGAGGCGAUGGAGCAGCAGGUCACUCUUCCCCCUCCCUUUGCACGGGUGGAUGCUGUGACACAAGGCUCGCCCGCCUGUGGAGCUGGGCUCAGGGUUGGUGAUGAAGUCAUUGAGUUUGGUUCUGUGAACACGGAGAACUUUCAGAACCUGCAGAAUAUCGCUUCUGUGGUUCAACACAGCGAGGGUAAACCAUUACGGGUCACAGUCAUCCGGGAAGGGAAGAAGGCGCAGAUGAGCCUGACUCCUCAGCGAUGGUCAGGCAGAGGUUUGCUGGGAUGCAACAUUGUUCCGAUCCAUCGAUGAUCAACAUGACACGCAGAAUGUCGUUGUUCUUCAUCGUGUGUUAUCGCUGGGUGGUUUCAAACUGACUUUUCACACAUGGCAGAAAUGUCCACCGGUUCUCAAUAUCUUAAACCAAACUGGUAUCUUUUUCUUUAUAUAAAGGCAAUCUCCAGGAUGGUAUAGAUGAAAAUAAAGUGUUAAAGACGCUGCGCUGCAUUUAUUGAAUGAUGGCUGAUCAAGCAAUGCUUCAUUAAACUACAACUACUAAAACCGUGUUUAAAAAAAUGUUUGCAUGGAGUUAACACUUCUCAGCAGCAAUGAUUUAUGCUGCAAAUGUCACCUUUGACAAAUAAUUAACUUUGCUACAUAAUCAAAGUCUAAUUUUCAGCCAACAUAUUAUGCAAGAGCGAAAUCAAAUCAUGACCUCUUAGUAAGAUAAUUGCCAAUAAGUUCAAAACAUUAUUGGUUAAAUAGCUUCUGGACUUGUUGGAAACAAUAUUCACUGAACACAUGAAGUAAUUUUUUUUACCUCAUCCCAAAUCAUUCAGCUCGGAAUGAGGAAGAGCCCACAAUAUAAUGACAACGUUGUACGAACAUUUCAAAGAACGUUUUAAUUUUAUUAUACAAAAGUGUACGUCACAAAAAUAACCUCAUUUACAUUAGGUAGAGGAAAUGAUCUUAACUUAUAAACAUCUUAUCUUGUGUAUAAUUGUUUCAGUAUCAAUGUAAACAGACCAAGACUUGAGAAAACAUUAAACCAACCAUAAGUUUGAGUGCAUGUUGCAUAUCAACGUUUAUAUUUAUUGAAUAAACUUUUCUGCAAAACAA